AUUGAAAAUUGACAAUUUUGACAGUUCUUAGAGUUUGGAGUUCUUUGUUCCUUUAAUUGAAAAAAGCGAACAAACUCAUAAAGCUAACAGUUUUGCAUAGGGGAACAAGUGAUCAAAGUGAGAAAAUUCAUUUUGCUCGGUCAGUAUUUUUUUGACAUUUUCCUUGACAUACAUCAAACAUCAUACAUCAUACAAUUUUAAGCAGUUCCAUUCCAUUGUAUAAAAUGGCGUUGUUUUGUUAGAUGUUAAGAAAAAUAUGUUUAUUUUGAGUAAAAGAUUUAUAAUUCCUUUUAAAUAAGAUGUCAAAGGAUGAAGCGAUUUCUAUCGCGCUAGAUAGCAUUUCAGAGAUCAGGAAGUUUCUGGAAGCUGCCGAUGAUUUAGAAAACAAUUUAAAAAAGACCACUAAAAAGAAACAUUUACUGCAAAAUUCUAAACAAUUUAUAGACGAUUUGUAUACAAUUUCGGAUAAGAGUAAAACUAAUUUUUAUGCGAUAUAUGAUAAGUUAGAAAUAGAAGUUGAUGUAGAUUCGGAAGAUGGUGGAGAACUAAUUGAUAAGUCUGUGCCGAAUAUCGAAAAUAGUGCAGUUGAUAAUAGUGAAAAUGUGGUGGAAAAAGAUGCUAUUGAAGAAGCUGUAUAUACCAAUAAUACUAGUACUGAAGACAUUUUCAUCAGUGAAGCCUCCAAUGAUGCUAUCAAUGAAGCUAUUAAUGAAGUAACCAAUGAAACUACCAAUGAAGUUAUUAUUGAAGCCACCAUUGAAGCUCCCAAUGAAGAUACUAAUGAAGCCACUAAUGGAGCCACCAUUGAAGCUCCCAAUGAAGAUACUAAUGAAGCCACUAAUGGAGCCACCAUUGAAGCUCCCAAUGAAGAUACUAAUGAAGCUACUAAUGGAGCCACCAAUGAAGCCACCAACGAACCGAAAAUUAGUGACAGUGAUGAUUUAGACGUUAAACCAACAUUUAGUAAAUCAAUAAUAAGGGUGGUAGACUUAAACAAAUUAAUAGACCCAAAACAAAAGAAAUCCGUCAAAUUCGAUAGUUCUGUCAUCAUUCUGACCAGUUCUGACGAAGAAGACACCCCAGUGAUUCCUCCUAAACUCAAUGAAAACGGUUUGAAAUCCUCUAGUAAGACUUCAUCUGAUAAACAUUCAAAAACUGCCGAUAUAUUUGAACCUGAGGUUAACAUAGAGGAAAUAAAGGAAAACAGCUCUCCUGAUAAUUCCAGAAAAUCUUCCAGGCUGAAAAACGUUCAAACUAAAAAAGAACUCAACAGAGUGGAGCUGAAAAAGAUAUUUAAAAGAUCCUCUGAUAAGAAUUUUGAAAUAGUUGGUAAGCGUUCUAAGAGAAACAAAGAUAAUUCGAAAGAUACUAAACGAGACAAACAUAUAGUGUUAGAUUCUUCGUCUGAUGAGUCAGAUAGUAAAUCUCAUGGAAGAGGAAAGACUAGAAACAGCAAAAUUUCUGAUCCGAAGUUUAAGAAAAAAGUGUACGUUCCGUUACCAUUAAUUCAGUGCCACAAGUUGAAGGAGGUUUAUAAUACCAAUAAAGAUAUUUUUGCAUGUUCAAGCAGUACCAGGAGUAGCAAACGAAACAGAGCGACGUCUGGACAUGACAGUGAUAAUGAAAACUCGAAGAAUAAAAAAACCAAAACGAAAGAAGAUAAAAUCGUAAAAGAACGUAAAUCUGACGAUAAUUCUAUUAAAGAUAAUUUGGAAAAUGUAGAUGAGGACAUGCCAAAUGACAAAGAAAUAAAUGCCGAUAAGCACAAAAAGAAAGAGAACAAAAAAGGAAGCGGAACUGAUUCAACUGAAAGUAAAAAAGAUAAGAGCAAAACUAAAAGCAGCGAAGGAAGCGAUAAAGAAGAAGAUGAUGACAAAACGGAUGAAGAUGAAAAAACUAUAAAGAGAAAUAAUAAAAAAACUAAUGAAGUUUCACAUACUGAUGAAGAUAACUCAAAAGAGAAAGAGGACACUACAAAAACUGGAGAACAAAAUGAUCUUUUGGAGGAAGAUAAAGGUAAAAAAAUCGAUGAAGAGGAAGGGAACAAAGAAAAAAUAAUGGAUGAAGCUGUCAGUACAGAGAAUGAUGAAACCGCAAAGGAAGACAGUGACCCAAAAACCGAUGAAACUGAUAAAGGCAAAAAAACUAGAAAUAAAGCAAAAUCUACUGAUGAAAAUGGAGAAAGUGAAGAAAUAUCGACUAAGGAAGCAGAAAGCAAAAAUAAAUCUAAAAGCGUCGAUGAAAGUGCCAGUAGCGAUGAAGAAGGUACCGAAAAGAAAACGGAAGGCAAAAAAACUAGAAAUAAAACCAAACCAAGCGAUAAAGAACGGGAGAGUGACGAAGAAAACUCGACGAAGAAAUCAGAAAGCAAAAAGAAGAAAAAGAAAUCUAAAGAUAGCGAUGAAAGUGCCAAUAGCGAUGAAGAAGAUAAAAAUAAAACCAAGUCAAGCGAUAAAGACCAAGAAAGCGAUGUCGAUGAUAAUUCGAUCAACAAAAAGGCAACAGAAACUAAAUCAAGCGACGAUGAAAGUGUAAACAAUGAUGAAAUACCAGAAAACAAUAAUGAAGAUAAAGAUUGUGAUGAAGAAACUGAUAAAAAUACGUCGAAAACAAGCGAUAAUGAAGAUGAAGCUAAGGAAAAAAAAAUUAAGAAGAAAAAAAAAAAUGAUUCUGACGAAUCGGAUGAAGAACAAACAAACAAAAACCGCAAGAAAGUCAAGAAAGAAAAUGUUUCUGAUUCGGAAGAUAGUAAUAAAGAAUCCGAUGAUGAUGAUAAAAAGAAAAAAACAAACAGGAAACCAACAAAAAAGUGUCACAAAUUGAUCGUUUUAAGCGAUUCCGAUGACGAAGAGAACGACAAACGUGGAAGCGAUGAUGAAAAAUCGGACGAUAGCGAUAAAAAGAAAAAUAAAAAAAAAACGAAAAAGAAAAUCAAAAAACCUGUUGUGGUUGAUUCGGAUGACGACGAUAGCGGCAAUAAAAAAUCCGAUGACGAGGAGAAAUCAGACAGCAGUAGUAACAGUGAAAAGAAAUCCGAUAGCGACGACGAAGAAUUUUCGAAAAAAAAGUCGCAACGGAAGAGCCGAAUAAAGAAGAGCAAAAACAGCAGCAGCGAUAGCGAAGAGGAAGUGUCAACUAGAAAACAAAUUCGAAAGGUAUUAGACAAGGACAGUUUGUCGGAAACUACGAAAAAGGCCGAAGAGGAAGAGAGGGAACGUAAAGCCCGUAUUGCGGAAAAACAGAAAAAAUACAACAGAAUGUUCGAGGAGAAAAAGGACGCGACCGUAGAGAGCGUCGUAUUGGACUACCACGAAAAAACAAAAGAGCCGCGAAUAUCCGUUCACAAGAAAAUUGUGAAAAAUCUAAAACCACAUCAGGUAUCUGGUAUCCAGUUCAUGUACGACGCCUGCUUCGAAUCGGUGGAAAGGACUAUGAAAUCGCCUGGAUCCGGUUGCAUUUUGGCCCAUUGCAUGGGUCUGGGUAAAACUUUACAGGUGGUAGCCUUGACACACACGCUGAUGAAGCAUAGCGAGUUAACCAAAGUGGAACGCGUCAUGGUCGUGUGUCCCAUCAAUACGGUACUAAACUGGAAGGCUGAAUAUCAAAAAUGGGUGCCAAAGAAAUCGGAACUCGAAGUAUACGAAUUGGCGACGUCCAAAAAGAAUUACGAACGGCAACACAUCGUUAAAGAAUGGUUCGAAGACGGUGGCAUUUUAAUAAUCGGUUACACCAUGUUUAGGAACCUCAGUAAUCCUGCUAACAAAAGACUUACCAAGAAAAUGCGUACCGAUUUACAUAAUGGUUUAGUCGAUCCAGGACCGGAUUUGGUGAUUUGCGACGAGGGACAUUUACUGAAAAACGAAAAAACUCACUUGAGCAUCGCGAUGAACAGGAUAAAAACGAUGCGCAGGAUCGUCCUGACUGGUACUCCUUUACAAAACAAUCUCAAAGAGUACUGGUGCAUGGUGCAAUUCAUCAAACCGAAUUUGCUCGGUACCUACAAAGAGUACAUGAACAGAUUCGUCAAUCCCAUCACUAACGGACAAUAUACGGACUCCACUCAGCACGAUACCAUUCUGAUGAGGAAAAGAUCUCACGUGCUGCACAAGUUACUCGACGGCGUCGUCCAACGUCGUGAUUAUGCGGUUUUGGAACCGUAUUUACCCACUAAACACGAAUUCGUUCUAUUCGUCAAACUAUCCGACACACAAAUCAAGCUCUACAAGUACUACAUGGAAAAACUGGCUAAAAAAAAUGACGGUUCGAAUCGAACUUCGUUCCUGUUCACCGAUUUCCAACAAUUGCAGCGCAUCUGCACACACCCGCGUGUUUUGGCCGACAAGACCAAAGAGAAGAAGGAGAAAUGGGACGACGAGGAUGAUGAGAGCGAAGGAUCGUUGAAGGAUUUCAUCAACGACGACGAGGAUUCCGCUUCGAAGUCAUCUUCGAAUAAUUCGAGUUCAAACGAGAGCGACGUCAGUUCCGAGAGUGUGAAAAAGAAGAAGAAGGGCAGGACAAGGGUGACCAGAGCCGUGGCCGCUCAAAGAAAAGAAAAUAACGAAGAGGACGACAGUGAUAUAGAGAUGAUAGCGGAAGUGAAGAAGGAGUGGUGGCAGGAAUUUUGCGACGGCGACGAGUUAGAUAACAUCGACAACAGCGGUAAAUUGUCUUUGUUGUUCGCGAUACUGAAAGAGUGCGAGGAAAUCGGGGACAAAGUGUUGGUGUUCUCGCAGUCUUUGUAUACAUUGAAUUGCAUCGAAUAUUUCCUUGGUAAAGUCGAUGAAGCUACUUCAAACAAUGAAACUGAGAAAUUGAGAGGGUACAAUGGUACUUGGGAGCUCGGCUUGGAUUACUUCCGCUUGGACGGUUCGUCGAGUUGCGACAACAGAGCCUACUGGUGCGACUCGUUCAACAACCCCGAGAACGAGAGGGCGCGCUUGUUCCUGAUAUCGACCCGAGCCGGCGGUUUGGGCAUCAAUUUGGUAGCCGCCAAUCGCGUGAUCAUAUUCGACGUGUCUUGGAACCCGUCGCACGAUCUCCAGAGUAUCUACAGGGUGUACAGGUUCGGCCAGACGAAGCCGUGCUAUAUUUAUCGGUUCGUCACCUACGGGGCGAUGGAGAUGAAGAUUUACGAGCGGCAGGUGACGAAGCAGGCGAUUUCAAAGAGGGUGAUCGACGAACAGCAAAUCGAUAGGCAUUACAAUCAGAACGAUUUGCAGGAGUUGUACCAGUGCGAUUUGGAUCCGGAAGAUAGACCUAUACCGUUGGUGCCUAAGGACGUGUUACUUGGCGAGAUGCUACAAAAAUACGACAAGAUCAUAUACAAAUACCACUUACAUCAAUCGCUGUUGGAGAACAAGAGUGAAGAGGGUCUGAACGAGGAGGAACGCAAAGCAGCUUGGGACGAGUUCGAGAACGAGAAAGUGUUGCGAAAGACCUCGCUGACGGCGUCCUCGUACUUGGUCAACUCGGCCAAUAUGAGCGCUCAGGCCAUAAACGCGGCUCUCACCAACAUCGUCAAACGGGACAAUCCUAAUUGGUCGGAGGCUCAAAUUAAGGGUAUCAUUCCGGCGUUGGUGCGCCAGUUGCAAAUUCAGAUAGAGGAGAACGAUAUGUCGAUGUACCAACGCGUCGUACAAGAAAUCCAAAUAAUGAACCAGGCGAAAUUGAAAGAGUCGUACUAUCAACAGCAGAUGAUGAAAUACUACCAGCAACAGAUGAUGAUACAGAAACGACAGCAAGCCCUAUUGGGGAAUUUGAACAUCAAUCCCUUAAAUAUUCAAAACCUGUACGGGGGCAACGCGAACGUCGCGAAUUACAUGAACGGGGCGAUGGCAGCGCCGAAUUUCGCGAACGGUCCCAGUACGUCCAGGCAAAAUCGUCCACCGAACGAUGUCAUUGAAUUGAACGACUGACGUUAAAUUAUUUGUCGCGUUUAUGUACACCAAUUUUAAUUUUUUAUUCGUUUUUUAAUAAAUUAUUAUAUUUAGUGUCUCCUGUCCAUCCUCUUCGUUCCUCCACACAUCAUCAUCAUCAUCAUCAUCAUCGUCCUUUCCGUUUCUGUCUCUCAUACUUUUUUUUUUUCACUUGGUGAAUGAGAUAGUCCAGUUCAAAAGAUUGGACUAAAAUAAAUUUGUAGGUUUUCGUAGGUAAAUUAUGUUAUUAUUAUAUUAUUAUUAUUUUUAUUUUUUGUUUGUAAAUAUUUUUAUUGCUUAGUAUUCGAAUCGUACAGGGUGUGGAUUAGUCGCUGCUUUUCUUGUACAAAAAAAUCUUUGGAUUCAUGCGGUUUUUACUUUAGUUUAAGGAUUUUUUGUUUAUAAAAAAAUUUUCUGUCUUAAAUUAAUGAAAAAUAAAAUGGCACUGAAGUAUUUAUCGUAAAAUAAUUAAUUUUUUUUGCCAAUUUCUGGUGAUUUUCCAAUUUUUCGCAAAAUUUUCCUGGUCUAUAUUUUUUACAAUAUAGUGGGUUUGUAGUGUAUUUAAAAGAAGUAAUUGAAAAAAAUUAAAAUGCUAUAGAAAAACUUUGUCUUUUAUUGGAAACUAUUGAAAAUUGAGAUUUGUUAUCCCCAUAAAUCUUUUAGGUAUUUUUUUUGCGAUUUUUGAGAUUUUCUGAUGUUUUAAUCUUUCAUAAAGUUUUUUUUUUGUCAUAUUGAAAUACCAGUAAUAAUUAUUUCGUUGGUUUUAUAUCCUGUUAAUAAAUAAUUAGUUCAGGAAAAUUCGCGUAAAAAUGUAAAUAAAAAAAUAUUCAAAUAAUGAUUUAUUAAAGUACCCAAAUUUCAGUUGAUUCACUCAAAGUAGCCCAUUAAUAAAUGAUUUCGUGCAAACUGACCUGCCUAUUAACAUUUCUGUAUCAAAAAACUAUAAUUCCAUUUAAAACAGUUCUUGAAGAAAAAUUCAUGUGUGUUAAAUCGGGUGACCGUGCUGGUCGGUCUAUAAAUAAGAUCUUUGGAUUCUCUAAUUUAAAGAUUUUUUGUGCGUCUGAGAAGUAUUUUAUUAAACAACAUUCUGAGAGUAAUAAAAUUUUUGACAAACUUUUUUGCUUUGCCUUAUCACCUGUUUAUUUUGUUUUAUGAAAGAAAACAUAGUAAAUUAACUGUGUCAACUUUACGUCUGUCCUAGAAAUUGAGAUCUGCGUUAAUGAUGCAUUUAACAAACGUUUUUGAUGUUUGACAUACCGUUUUUUGAUUUAACACUUUACAUAACACGUUUUGGCAUUUUUUAAAUCUACUUCUAAUGUUUCGAAAGGAAUAAUUUGAUGUUAGUCGAAGUUUUUUUCAUUACUUCACUUUAUAUGACAUUUUUUAAGUCAUUUGGUGUCAAAAGUGUUUAAGGAGCUUGAAUAAACCUUUUUAAAAAACGUUAAUAAUGAUAUUUGUGUAAUUAUCUUUAUACAUGAUAUAUCGUUUCCCAAAUUGUAUGCUGUCAACUGUCUAUUAUAUCGUCCCAGUUCCUUUCUUUAAAGUAAUUACAUCAUGAUACAAUGCAAAUAUUUACUACAGUCAAAUACCACAAUUGUAGAGAGUGACUCACAUUUUUAACAUAGACCUUUUACUUUUUAGCCGUGUGACAAGCGGCACCAAAUUGCUGGAAGAUACAUUCCAUAUUAUUUAAACGCAUUUUUUCAAUUUGGGGUUUUACGUUAUUUUAAAGCCCAUUAAUGUACUUAUCAGUAUUCAUAAUACCUUCCACAUAGUGUGAGUUUCCCACUCCUUUGGCUGACAUGGCUCCCCAAAUCAAAAGCCAGAAACUUAACAGACAGUCAUUCUGAAACACAAUCAACAAUGCAUACUUUAAAUCUGGCUUCUAUUUUUCUUAGUAAGCCAAUCUACAAUCUGGGCUUUUCUUCAUUUGGUGGUUGGUAACUGUUCUACACGCCGGUUAUGGUAUGAAGCGUUAUUCAUAACAAUAACAGAUCCUGGUUCGAUUUUUAAAAGAAUAUUUAAACACCAUUUUUCAUAAUGUUCUGCAUCCAUUUCCUCAUGAUAAUCUCCAGUAUUUUUAGAAACAAAUGUAUUUUAACCUUCUUCAACAAAUCCUGAGUCGCUACCAAUAUGGGUAAUAAUAAGGCUUUUUCUCUUUCCAGAUGGGGGCUUUUAAACCUGUCAAUAAACCAUACUCUGCUAUUGUUUUCAGAUAUUUUCUGCGCCGUAAAAUGAUUUUCUCUUUUUAAAUAAGGGUACUAUUCCUCUUUCUCUUUAAAUACCUGAAGUUCAUUUCACGCAAAGUACGUAAUAGAGCACGUCUUGAUAUUUUUGAGAGAUUUUCAUUAGAUUGAAGAGAGGAAACAAUUUUAUUUACAGUUGCAGUUCUUUUUAACAUAAAAUGCAUGUACUGCAUGACAAAUGACUUGUUUGGUUAUGUCUUUUUAUUUUAAUUUUUUUCUUCCUUUAGUCUCAGCCCUCGAAGUAUUAAUAUUGUUUGUUUCAUCCCAUGCUAUAAACUUAAAAGAGGCUUCCACUAAUAUUAGAGAGAUCGGGUUAUACUUAACCUCUCUGUUACAAACAAUUCCAAUCUCUGCUUUAUGAAAUCACUAUCAGCGCGCCUAUGACACUGCUUCGAUGAUAGCAUCCAAGAAAAAUUCAAAGACGUUGUUGCCAAUAACGUCGCUUUAAACUGCGAUGAAAGUGUGGAUCUCGAACAUUAUCUACCGUUAGAUAAAGAUGCAAACUACACGCUGACAACGUUCCAUUUUACCUCAAACUUUUAAUCGCUUGGAAGACGUUUGAACAGUAAAAAUAGAGCAGUCAAAUUAUUAAAAUUAUUUCAACAAAAUGUCAUCUGUUUUGGAGGCAAAUAAUAAACAAAUGAAUUAGUUAUUCAAAAAAUUUAUAAAGAGCGAUCUUCUCAAUUUUUUGAAACUAUCUGAACGUCUUAAUUUUUUUGGAUUAUGGAAUUUCUUUACAACAUGAGUCACUAUCUACAAUUAUGGUAUUCUACUAUAGGUAAGUUCAGACUAGGGUUGCUACCUGUCCUUUUUUCAAACAAAAUGUCCUUGUGACUUUUUAAAGCUUAAAAUGUCCUUUUUUAAGACACGUCCUUGAAAGGGACCUGGUUUUUAUAAAAAUAUAAGCCGAGGACCUUUUUUUAGAAGCUCCUUAGAAGGAAGAGGACUUUUUUUUUAGAAGCUUGCCAAAAAUACUGGAUCCUCUGUAGUCCUUUACUUUUCAAAAAGGUGGCAACCUUAGUUCAGACAGACAAGUUCCAUUCAUUCCUUUAACUCCAAACGACCCUUUUAGCGUUCGAUUUAUUCCGAUUAGUGACAGUUCAACACGGUUAAAUGUCAUUUAAAAGCACCCUAAAAAACUACUCCUGUCCCGUUCCAGAAUCUGGCUAAUUCGAAUACUUCUGGAUAAUUUGACUGAUGACAGACGUUCUUUGAUAAUUAUAAGACAUUUCUUUAUAAGCUUACUAUAACAUACUUGGUUACAGUAUUGUGGUGACGUCACACAUACCGUGGUAACCCUAUUGAAUGUCACAUGUCAAAUUUAAUUUAAGUUUGGGGACUUCUAAGCGGAAUUUGAAUUUUAGAAAUUUUAGGAUGUUU